GAUGGUUUCUUGAAGAUGCAUCAACCAGGCUAUAGCACAAAUAGAGCAGAAAGCACCCUCUUAGAGACAAUUCCUGCAGAAUUAAUGGCUUCCUUUGUCACUUUCCUGUUCUUCUCUGCAGCCUCCCUGAUCAACACCAUCGAUGGAGCUUUCAUCGAGAAAUACUCAGAACCCAGAGCAGUAAAGCGUGAACAGAGCCACCUCCACUUCUUCUUCCACGACAUCCUCGGUGGCGACCACCCAACUGCUGUGAGAAUUGCGGGGCCACCGAAAAGCACCAUUCUCGAUUUCGGGAACACGAUGAUGAUUGAUAACGCGCUCACCGAAGGGCCAGACCCCACGUCAAAGCUCGUUGGAAGAGCUCAGGGCUUGUAUUCCAAGGCUGAUCAGAACGAUGUCGCUUUGCUUAUGGUCGUGAAUUUUGUUUUCACGGAAGAUAAGUAUAAAGGGAGUAGCAUCAGCAUGAUCGGAAGAAAUCCGGUGACUAAUGACGUGAGAGAAAUGCCGAUUGUUGGAGGUAGCGGGCUUUUCAGAAAUGUUCGCGGCUAUGCGUUGGCGCAUACAAAUUCGAUGGAUAACGCAGGAGAUGCCAUUGUUGAGUACAAUGUUUAUGUCUCGAAUGUCGAGGUAGUUGAUGCUAGCUUAGCGACACAGCCAUAUCUGUCAUGGCAACAUUUCUUUGUUUUUGUUUUCUUUGGUUUAUAUUACAUUGUUAUUUGAUUA